CCUGUCUUCUGUCGGCCGCGGCAUCAGGGACCUAAGCGCUGAGAACAUUAAAAAUGAGUCCCACCCGAUGGGACUUUCCUGUGGAAUUAUGUUGCCGGCCUAUGGCCUUUGUUACCCUUACUGGUCUGGAUGUAGUUUAUAAUGCUGUUCAUCGUGCUGUUUGGGAUGCUUUUUGUGCUAAUCGAAGAGCUGAUCGAGUACCAAUUUCUUUCAAAGUUCUCCCAGGUGACCAUGAAUAUCCAAAAUGCAGAACCAAGAGGACAUCCUAUGAGUGGUACAUUCCAAAAGGGAUCUUGAAGACUGGUUGGAUGAACAAACAUCUGAAUCUGGUGCCAGCCCUUGUGGUUGUGUUCUAUGAAUUGGACUGGGAUGAACCUCAGUGGAAGGAAAAGCAGUCUGAAUGUGCUACUAGAGUAGAAAUAGUAAGGCAGAGUUUACAAGGCAGAAACACAAAAGUUGCUGUGGUUCUCAUUCAGAAGAAAACCCCUUUACCUCCAGGAGAAGAUGUGAUUGCUUCAGAAAGGGCAGCCGCUUUAUGUAACGCCUGUGAACUUUCUGGGAAAUCUCUGUUUGUCCUGCCACAUACUGAUCACCUUGUUGGUUAUAUUAUAAGAUUGGAAAAUGCAUUUUAUGAACAUGCUCAGACUUACUACUACACUGAGAUCCGAAGGGUAAAGUCUCAUAAAGAAUUUUUGAACAAAACAACCCACCAGCUUUUAUUUGUCAGACAUCAAUUCAAAAUAGCUUUCUUCAGUGAACUCAAACAAGAUACACAGAAUGCUCUGAAGAAUUACAAGACUGCCUACAAUCUUGUGCACGAAUUGAGAGCCCAUGAAACUAAUAUGCUGGAAAUUAAGACAAUGGCAGGAUUUAUAAACUACAAGAUCUGCAGGCUUUGUUUCCAGCACAAUACACCCUUGGAUGCAAUUGCUCAGUUCCGAAAGCACAUAGACUUGUGUAAGAAAAAAGUUGGAAGUGCAGAGUUGGCUUUUGAACAUGCCGCUUGGAUGUCGAAACAGUUUCAAGCCUUUGGAGAUUUAUUUGAUGAAGCUAUUAAAUUAGGUUUGACAGCUAUUCAAACUCAAAAUCCUGGUUUCUAUUAUCAGCAAGCAGCAUACUAUUCUCAGGAACGGAAACAGCUUUCAAAAGCACUUUGUAGCCAUGAUUCUUCUGUGAUGUAUCCCAGUCCUGAUCCCUUAGAAAUACAAACAGGUGUGCUUGACUUUUAUGGACAGAGAGCCUGGCGACAAGGAAUUCUAAGUUUUGAUCUUUCUGAUCCUGAAAAAGAGAAGGCGGGAAUUCUUGCCCUUCAGCUGAAGGAAAGGAAUGUCAGCCACUCAGAAGUAAUAAUAACUCUUCUAAGUAAUGCUGUUGCACAAUUUAAAAAGUAUAAGUGUCCACGAAUGAAGAGUCAUUUAAUGGUUCAGAUGGGAGAAGAAUAUUACUUUGCCAAGGACUAUACUAAAGCUUUGAAAUUGUUAGAUUAUGUGAUGUGUGAUUACCGGGGGGAAGGAUGGUGGACCCUACUCACAUCUAUAUUGACCACAGCCCUGAAAUGUUCCUACCUCAUGGCACAAUUAAAAGAUUACAUUACCUAUUCCCUUGAACUUCUUGGAAGAGCUUCUACCCUAAAAGAUGACCAGAAAUCUCGAAUAGAAAAGAACCUCAUGAAUGUUUUAAUGAAUGAAAAUCCUGAUCCAGAACCAGAUUGUGAUACAUCAGCUGUGAAAACUGCUCAAAAGCUCUGGGCUGACCGUGUUUCCCUGGCAGGCAGCAAUAUUUUUACAAUAGGUGUUCAGGACUUUGUGCCAUUUGUACAGUGCAAAGCCAAAUUUCUAGCCCCAAGCUUUCAUGUGGAUGUGCCUGUUCAAUUUGAUAUUUACCUCAAAGCUGAUUGUCCACAUCCCAUCAGAUUUUCCAAGCUCUGUGUUAGCUUUAAUAAUCAGGAAUAUAACCAGUUCUGUAUGAUAGAAGAUGUACACCAAGUGGGUGAUGUUUUGGAAAAUUCAACCCAAGGAACCAUGUGUUUAGUUCCUGGUAAAACAAGGAAGUUUUCCUUUAAGUUUGUUGCAAAAACUGAAGAUGUGGGAAAGAAGAUUGAGAUUUCCUCAGUGGAUCUGAUCCUGGGUAGUGAAAUUGGAAGAUGCGUGAUUCUAAGUUGGCAGGGAGGAGGAGGAGAUGCUGCUUCCUCCCAAGAAGCAUUACAGGCUGCACGUUCUUUCAAAAGACGACCUAAGUUACCGGAAAAUGAAGUUCAUUGGGACAGCAUAAUAAUUCAAGCAAACACCAUGAUCAUUUCUAGAGUUCCAAACAUUUCUGUUCAUCUCCGACAUGAGCCCCCUGCCCUAACUAAUGAAAUGUAUUGUUUGACUGUCACCAUUCAGUCACAAGAGAAGACCACAAUCAAAGAUGUGAAGCUCACUGCUGGUUUGAAACCAGGACAAGAUGCUAAUCUGACUCAGAAAACUCAUGUAACUCUUCAUGGAACAGAAAUGUGUGAUGAUUCCUACCCUGCUUUACUUCCUGAUAUUCCUAUUGGAGAUUUGCAACCAGGUGAACAGCUGGAAAAAACAUUAUAUAUUCGUUGUGGAACAGUGGGCUCAAGAAUGUUUCUUGUAUAUAUUUCUUACUUGAUCAACACAACUGUUGAAGGGAAAGAAAUUGUUUGUAAAUGUCACAAGGAUGAAACUGUUACAAUUGAAACUGUCUUUCCAUUUGACGUUGCUGUUAAAUUUGUCUCUACAAAGUUUGAGCAUUUAGAAAGGGUUUAUGCAGACAUACCCUUUCUGUUGAUGACGGACAUUUUAAGUGCCUCACCUUGGGCUCUCACCCUUGUAUCUAGCCAGUUACAGCUUGCUUCUUCCAUGAUUCCAGUGGAUCAUCUGCAGUCCCAUGUGGAGAAAGUUGUCUUACAGACCGGUGAAAGCGCCAGUGAAUGUUUCUGUCUUCAGUGCCCAUCGGUUGGAAAUGUUGAAGGUGGAGUACCCACUGGACAUUAUGUUAUCUCCUGGAAGAGGACUUCAGCCAUAGAAAAUGUCCCUGUCAUCAACACUGUCAUUACCCUGCCACAUGUGAUUGUAGAAAGUAUCCCACUCCAUGUGAAUACAGAUCUCCCAUCCUUUGGUCGUGUUAGAGAAUCAUUACCUGUCAAGUAUCAUCUACAGAAUAAGACCAGCUUAGUUCAAGAUGUAGAAAUUUCUGUGGAACCCAGUGAUGCCUUCAUGUUCUCAGGUCUCAAACAGAUUAGAUUACGUAUCCUACCUGGCACAGAGCAAGAAAUGUUAUACAACUUCUACCCUUUGAUGGCUGGAUACCAGCAGCUGCCAUCACUCAACAUCAACUUGCUCCGGUUCCCUAACUUCACCAAUCAACUGCUCAGACGUUUUAUACCUACUUACAUUUUUGUAAAGCCCCAGGGUCGCCAAGUAGAGGACACCGAAAUUGCUGCUGCAUAGCAUCCAGACCUGACCCUGAGAAUCCUUCAAGAGAAGAUCCUGCACAGAUUAGCAGAAAGGCUCCCCAUCCCCGCCCCAUUUGCUCUGAUCAGACAGAAAAGUUAGAACUUUUUAAAAAAUUGAAUGGCCAUUGUGAGUACUCUUCCAAGAAACUUGUGUUUAAAAUAUUUUUUCAAAAUGCCCUCUUUAAAUCAAUUUUCACUAAUAUUUGAAAUUUCAGUGUACUUUGGAAAAAUGAAAAUACUAUUAUUCUGGAAGUGCUAACUGUUUUGUAAAGUAAUUAAUAUUGCAUGUAGGAUGUCUAUGAGAAGAACUACAUAAACCAUAAAGUCCAUCCUAUAGGAUUUAGUCAACACAUCAAAUUAUAUAGCAACACAGAUUACCCAGACUGAUGAUCGUUACAGAGAAAUUUCUAGAAAUCUUGAAGGCAGGUUAAUUCAAUCUAAUUUCUCCAAAGAGUAUCUUUUUUUUUUUUUUUUUUGCCUGUCCCUUAAGCCAGCAGUUAGAUUUUACAAUAAUUGGUUAAUGCAUGAAACAUUAUGGAAAAAAGAAUGUUGCUGUUGUUCACUUCUGUAUUAUCAAAUUCAAAAUCAAACUUCAUGUUUUGGAGCAGCAUGAAACAAAAGCAUCAUUUCCCAAAAUAAAGGUGUUGGAACAUCUUUGUUUGGUCUGUGUUCAGCAUACUUAGCAGUGGUAUGCAGUUUCAGAAGAACUAUUUAAAAAACCAUAUUAAAUCAUGUAUAUACAAAUUGUUGAGAUUUUUUUUCACCUUUAAACUUUCUACAUUUUAAAUUAAAACCUAGCUUUGAUUUCUUAGAAAUGUAUUAUUUAAGGUAUAAGGAGAAUUGUCAUGAAGAGAAUCAAUACUGUAAAUAAAUAAUCUGUCUUUAAAAUUCA